AGCAGUGAAGGCCCAGGUAUAAAAUGCACAGCCCGCCACUGCUUUUGAGACAAAUGUUUAAAAGUUUAACAUUAAAUAUGAGAGAAAGGUAUUAUACAGCAAUUUAAAUGUUUCAUAUUAGUUUAAUUUGACAAGUCUUUUGUCAGCCAGCUGUUUAUAAGCAGUAAAAGAAAACUUAAGAGAAUUAGGCUUUUGAUGGCUUCAUGUUUGUCUAUAACUCUUCCUCUGAGGAGACAAGAAAUAUUUAACAACUAAAGAAAUGAAAUGUUUUCAAACGUGGAGCAGGUUUUAACCGAGGCUCUGUUUGUAAAUGAGGAAACAAAGUUCACAUUCACAGCGCUGCUCCUCUUCCUGGAAUGAACCACAGCUUGAUAACCACUCCUUCUUCCUCCUGCUCUCAAACACAGCCGCUCCACCCUGUGCACAUAUUUCCUUGUUCCCUCCCCUUCAGAUCUACAGUUUUAACGAUCGGUGUAACCAACAUGGUGGUGAAGCGAUAGAGCUGACAGGCUCCAUUCACUGAACAAACACAUGUUGUUCAGAUCAGAAGUCAAAGCAGAGUCGCUUCUAGUGAAGUGAAACUCAGACAGUCGUCGUUACUGAGAGGUGAAAUGGCGCAGAAAGGAGUUCAGCUGGAUCGGGAAACCUUCUUUUGUUCCAUCUGUCUGGAUCUACUGAAGGAUCCGGUGACUACUCCCUGUGGACACAGCUACUGCAUGAACUGUAUUGAAAGCUUCUGGGAUGAAGAGGAUGUGAAGAAACGCCACAGCUGUCCUCAGUGUAGGCAGACCUUCACACCGAGGCCUGUCCUGCUGAAAAACACCAUGUUAGCAGUUUUAGUGGAUGAGCUGAAGAAGACUGGACUCCAAGCUGCUCCUGCUGAUCACUGCUAUGCUGGACCUGAAGAUGUGUCCUGUGAUUUCUGCACUGGAAGGAAACGGAAAGCCAUCAAGUCCUGUCUCGUCUGUCUGGCCUCUUAUUGUGAGAAACACCUCCAGCCUCAUUAUGAAGCCCCUGUCUUUGAGAAACACAAGCUAGUGGACCCCUCCAAGAAGCUCCAGGAGAACAUCUGCUCUCGUCACGAUGAGGUGAUGAAGAUGUUCUGCCGUACUGAUCAGCAGUGUAUCUGUUAUCUCUGCUCUGUGGAGGAACACAAAGGCCACGACACAGUCUCAGCUGCAGCAGAAAGGACUGAGAGGCAGAGAGAGCUGGAGGUGAGGCGACUAAACAUCCAGCAGAGAAUCCAGGACAGAGAGAAAGACGUGAAGCUGCUUCAACAGGAGGUGGAGGCCGUCAAUCGCUCCGCCGACAAAGCGGUGAAGGACAGCGAGAAGAUCUUCACUGAGCUGAUCCGUCUCAUGGAGAAAAGAAGCUCCGAUGUAAAGCAGCAGGUCAGAUCCCAGCAGAAAAGUGAAGUGAGUCGAGUCAAAGAGCUUCAGGAGAAGCUGGAGCAGGAGAUCUCUGAGCUGAAGAGGAACGACGCUGAGCUGAAGCUGCUCUCACACACAGAGGAUCACAACCAGUUUCUACACAACUACCCCUCACUGUCACCACUCAGAGAAUCUACAGACUCGUCCGGCAUCGAUAUCCGUCCUCUGAGCUACUUUGAGGGCGUGACGGCGGCUGUGUCAGAAGUCAGAGAUAAACUACAGGACGUUCUGAGAGAGAAGUGGACAAACGUCUCACUGGCAGUGACUGAAGUGGACGUUUUACUGUCACCUUCACAAGCAGAGCCCAAGACCAGAGCUGAGUUCUUAAGAUAUUCAAGUGAAAUCACACUGGAUCCAAACACAGCAUACACACUGCUGUUAUUAUCUGAGGGGAACAGAAAAGCAACAUUAAUGAGAGAACAACAGUCUUAUUCUAGUCACCCAGACAGAUUCACUUCAUGUUAUCAGGUCCUGAGUAGAGAGAGUCUGACUGGACGUUGUUACUGGGAGGUGGAGUGGAGAGGAGAAAGAGUUUAUGUAGCAGUCGCAUACAAGAAUAUCAGCAGAACAGGGAGCUCUCAUGAAUGUAAAUUUGGAUUGAAUGACAAAUCUUGGAUGUUACUAUGUGUCAAAAACAUUUUUACAUUUUGGUACAACAAGAUCCAAACUCCCGUCUCUGGUCCUCAGUCCUCCAGAGUAGGAGUGUACCUGGAUCACAGAGCAGGUAUUCUGUCUUUCUACAGCGUCUCUGAAACCAUGACUCUCCUCCACAGAGUCCAGACCACAUUCACUCAGCCUCUCUAUGCUGGACUCAGGUUUUGUAUGUUUGGUUAUGACGACACUGCUGAGUUCUGUAAACUCAAAUAGUUAGAAGUGAUUUAAGGAACAGCAAAUUAAUUUUUGUGCUUUAAUCCUGAAACUCAUUUUGUCUCCAUCAUUGUCGCUUAAUUGCUCAUUUUUCUUCAGCUGUCAAUCAAAUAUUGUGGGCGGUACUUUGACAUCUUCUCAUUAUUGUUGUGUAAAUGUUUGAGUGUCUUUAGGUGGAGCUCCUUUCUGUGUCUGUUUAGCCAUGGAGGCUAUCACUGCUCAUGAUGAUCUUUGUUGACCUGAACUGAUAUUUCUCUCCAUGAAAAUGUAAACUGCUCUGAGGUUUAAAUGUUUGAUAAAUAUAUGUAUUGAUGUAUUUGUUAGUUGUUGUUUCUCUUCCACUGCAUGGCUCUUAAAGAGAGAAAUCACCAGAGCUUCUUUUAUCAAAGAGAUUUAGUUCUCAGCACUCUUUGUAAAGAUUUCUUUAAGUGAAAUUAUGUUUAUUUUCUAUAACAGAUUAAAUGUUGUUCUUGUUGUUUUCUUAAUCGUUGUACAAAAGAGGUACUAUGAUGUAUUAUAUAACUAAUUAUUAUAAUCAUAAUCAAUAUGUAAAUCAUUCAUGAUUCUCUUUUACAUAACUGAGAUUCUGGUCAAACAAAUAGAUUAUGAGGAUGAAGUGAACGUGUUCAUGAAAUCAUUGAACAAGAGUCAUUGAACAGACUUUACUGAUGGGAUGUGAACAAACUGAAGGUUUACAUGAUGAAUAAAGUAUUUCUUGAUUCAAGAAUGAACAAA